AUGUUGGCCAACAGAGCAAGACUUGCUGUUUUUGGUCGUCGUUUGGUCCAGCAACAUGCGCGGGCUUACGCGAAAGUUCCGCAGGAGCACAAGAACCAACUGAUCAACACUUUGAAGGAGAUUGGUGUCGACAACGAUGGAUAUUUGAAGAAAGACACCCUAUACACAGAAGACACAUUCAAGAAGUCCAAGUUUUACCAGCACAUCCAGAAGGUUCAGGCCGAGCAACAGGCUUUAAUUGAAAAGAAGUUGCAGCUUCUUUCGAAAGAAAAUGGUGUUUCUGUGGAUGAGCUUCGGAAACAGCUGGAUGAACGAGUGAAUCGUCAGCUUGAAGAAGCCAGCAAAAACGUUAGGGCUAUUGAGCAGAAUAUCGACCGAUUCGAGCAGCAGAUUUCGUUGCCGUUCAAGGUGGAUCUUGCCGGGGAUGUGAUCAAGAUUCUGAAGUACGACUACGAGGACAUUGAAAGUUCUGUGGUUUAUCAGUUUUUGAAGCAGUCCGACGCCAAAUUGGCUCAGGAGGUUCGUUUUUCAUUGGGUGAGCCUUUUUCUGCUGAGCAGAAGAAAUCUCUCGAGUCCGCAUUGGCCUCCUGGGGCGAGAACAAGAGACAGCAGCUUCAGGAAUUGGUCAAGUCCAGAUACACCGAGUUGCUGAACUACAAAGUUACCAGGGACACAGAGCCUAUUUCCAUCACCGAGGUGUAUGAUUUCUUGGAAAGAUACGAUAAUCUGCAAAACAGCGAGCUCUACGAGAUUUUGCGGGAAGUGGAUCCUAGAUUUGGUACUCUUUACGCAGAGAUCCGGUCAUUGGAUGAAGGUGAAGAGUUGAAGAUGCGUAAAGCACAACUGAACAGAUUGCUUUCUGACAGCAGUGCUGGAAUAUACAAGGUUUUGAACGAUCUUGAGAGUCGUGAGUUCGAGGCCGUGAAACAGGUGUUGAAAGACGAGCGUGCCAGAUUUGAGCCUUUGACCGCCCAGUCCUUGGUCGAGUUCGCUCGUGCUACAGAGAAGGAACAGGAUUUGGAGAUAUUCGAUCCGAUCGAUGAGUCGCUGAGUGUUUUCUUGCAGAAAGCUCGCGACAGCAAGAACGAGAGAGUGGUGGCCGAGAUCCACGAGCUUGCCACCAUGGACGGCCCAUUGAAAACAUUUUUGCAGGACCCAUCCACCGACGAAUAUAUCGCAUUGCAAUCGACAGUGAAUAAGACUCGUCUCAGAUACCAGAAGAAGGUUCUGCUUGAUCCUCUUGCCAGAGAAAUCAAAAGUCUGGCUACCGAAGACCAGACCAACCUGAGUCCGGAGGUGGUAAGCAUGAAUCAAGGCUACGAUAAAUUCAUGGAGGUGAUGGAUCAGAUGGAGAACGAGCUCAUUAGUGGCCAAUACGAGCCUAUCUCGGCCAAACUGCAUCUGCAAGCUCCUCGCAUGCUCGACAAUGGGCCAACUCCUAAACAGAUUGCCGAGUUCAAGGCCCUAAAAGGUUUCGACAAGGCCAAUCCAGAGGACCAGACCCUGCGUUUCUGUGCCAACAUGGUUAUGCGUGGAGGUAAGAGACAGCGUGCCAGAAAAUACAUCAACAGAGCAUUGUACCUGGUGUAUCUGGAAACCAGAGAGAACCCAGUUGAGAUUUUGAAAAAGUGUCUGGAUGCGGUUGCCCCAUUGGUGGUGACGCGUGUUGUGAAGACCGGAUUUGCCAAGAACUACUCUGUGCCUACUCCAUUGACCCCUAGACAGCGGUUGCGGAUUGGGUUCAAGUGGAUUUUGGAGUCCAGCGAUAGUCGCGCCUCGAACGACUUCCCGGUGCGACUUUCCGAGGAGAUCCUCAACAUCCACAGAGGCAACUCCAAACUGACCGAGAAGCGUGUGACAUUGCACAAACAGGCCAUGGCUGUGAGAUCGUAUUUGAGGUUGUGA